AGCGACCGAGAUACUAACUUGUUGUGAGACGACGGGCGACGUUUAGACAUAGACACCAGUAACAAUCCAAAAGUAGAACUUGGUUAUCCCGAGAAGUAGAGGCGUCUGUCUGAUAAGUAAACAAAUAUAAAAAUCUGCAAUUUUUUUACUUUUAUUUGUGAAGAGAACCCUGAAGAACAAGAAGUUUUUCUUUUCCGCACUAUGUCGGCAUCCAAACCGAAAACCUCGGAGCGCAGCAGCGCCUUCGGCUCGGCCCUUCCUGCCGCUGUGUACAACAACCUCUACCUAAUUUUCCUUGCCUCCGGUGUGCUGGGCUCCUUCACCAUUUUCGGCUACGCGCAGGAAGCCCUGACCAGGGGCGAGUACGACGGGGAAAGGCUAAAGCUGCCGAUAUUCCUCAUCGUGGUGCAGUCGUUCUGUAACUGCUUGAUGGCGGCAGUGCUCCUGCUUCUUUCAGGGGAAAAAUCCUGGACCGCCGGCGCGCCGCCCAAAGACUGGGGCAUCGUGAGCUCGGCGUAUCUGGGCGCGCACUUCUUCGGGUUGACCGCGUUGCAGUACAUCCCGUUUCCGCUGCAGGUGGUGUGCAAAUCAUGUAAAUCCGUGCCGGUCAUGAUAGGAGAAAAGAUUUUCGCGGGCAAAGUGCACAGCAUGGAAAAAAAGAUACAGGUAGGGACAAUGUUAAUUAUUUACGUGAAUCAACAUCUUGCUCAGUCACUGCAACGUGACAAAGAGCACGAGAUAUUUUUGUGUAGUGCAGAUUUGAGCUUGACGUUGAUGAUCGAGUGAUUUUGUCUUUGUAAUUGUACCCACAGACGUUUCAUGCGUUUGUGCAAGACAAGAAAUGCACAAAACCAAACUAACAGGUAUACCUGAUGUCCGCUGGUGUUGUGGCUUUCACGCUUGUAUCAAAUGCAAAUAUGUCUGGGUCUGGAAACUUGUGAUGCAAGUCCGUGAACAAUAAGUGCUCCGUAAUGCGCCGCCAAGCAUGACAAGUUUUUUCGUGCUUCUGUGAUGCGUAUUUCGCAUGAGAAGCUGCGCUUUUGCAUGACAGGCAAGAGGACCUCUUGGUGGCCGCGCAAUACAGAGUGCAGAGUCAUGCCAGACUAGCAUGACAAUCUUCCAGACCCAGACAUUUUUGCACUUGAUAGCUUGCAGGCGGGAGCAAGAAGUAUCCUGGUCAAAAACGUACCCGUGCGGUCUUCACGAUAAACUGUAUAGACAAACUAAGAGGCUCCUUCGGGAGUAAAGCAUGUUAAGCUCUACUAUAAAGUCUUUAUCUUUUCUUGCGUAUCUAUUGGCAGUGUGGUUACUGAAUAAAAUUAGCUCGAACAAGUUCGCAGCUGCACCAAAAACCAAGUGCCUCAUGCCGAAAAGUAGAAAAUACUUCCUGUCAGAUGUUCGGGCUUUGCAUGAGAUUCCAUAUCCACUCCAUCAGGCAUAGGUAUUUUUGCAUGACAAAAGAUAAAGAUUAUGGGUCGUGCCAUGUGAGCUGCAAAAAUUGAAAUUUCUUUCGCAUGACAAAAAACGUGCUGGUCCACCGUUGGGUAUUGGUUUUUCCGCAGGAUAAGAAGGGUUCCGACUUUACACUGUCUGCGUCCCUCGCGAUCGGCCUCGCCUGCGUCCUGGGGGCGCUCGUUUGUGACGGAAUUUACGGACCGUAUCAGAACAAAAUCGUCGCAAAUUACAAGGCCAGCCCACACCAGCUCAUGUUCAACAUGAAUCUGUACGAAUUGUUCUUUGCUAUCGUGCUGGCACUCGGAACCGGGGAACUGCAGAAAGGUUCAAUAUCUUAUGUACGAAGUACGGAAAAAAUUUGGAUUUGGUGUUUUCAGCUUGUUCGCGCAGUACGAUAUUCAUGAUAAGUAAAAAAAGACAUGCCACAUGAUACAAUUCCAAUUCAACUUCCGCAUUUAAGUAGAAUUACGUCUCCUGAUUUCCUUUGUUGAUACAUCCUCAAAACUACAGGCAUCGCUUUUAUCGUCGCACACCCGUCAGUCAUCCCGAAUCUGUGCUACUUCGGCACCACCAUGGCGUUGGGUUCCCUCUUCGUUUACACACUGCAGAAAAACUUCGGCGCGUUGACGGUCACACUGACGACCACGCUGAGAAAACUUAUCUCGGUCGUGUUCUCCGUGCUCUGGUUUGGCCACAGCCUCUAUCGAAUGUGAAUGUGUCUGGCUCGUCUGGAAGGGUGCAACUUGUGAUGCGCUUCUCACAAUACACAAAAAUUUGUGUUGCACGGGUACCUGUACUAGAACCAAGAAGCCUGCUAAGAAGGUAUUCUAUUUCGUAUGCGGGAUAUGCAUUGCGGAGCUGGUGCAGAAUCUGAAUCUGUGAUGCCAUGCCCUGCAUCCCAGUCCUCGUGGGGCAUGCAAACUCUGCAUGACAAACUCCUGCACUCAUCCAGACGAGACCCAGACAGAUUUGCAACCCAUAGCCUCGCGAUCGCCCAGUGGGUCGCCACGGUGGUGGUUUUCCUGGCCUCGCCCAUCGCGAAGAGAAUAGUACAGUUCACCGGCAUUGGCGGGACAGCCGUCGGCGGGAAGGACGGCAAGAAACCGGCGGAGUAGAAGUAGAUCAAGAUGUCGUGUAUACAAAAAUUCCUUAGAAGGAUGAAGAAGAGCCGCGAGGAGAGCCGCGUCGCGAGGACCGGAUUUACAAGUUUCGUGAAGGUAAUCGUCCUGCUCCAGCUUCGUAAAUCCAAGUUGUGGUGGCGCAUGAACUAUUAAGUGGUUCUAGACCUUUACGAAAAAGGCGAUUCACAACUACUUCCAGCUGCCACACACGUUUGUAGCACGACAACCCCGAAGAAGUAGCAGAAGUGCAGCCCAUUGCACUAGCACAGGACCACCACCAACACUAGACCACAAGUUAAAACGGCCCUAAUAUCGAAAAUUUUUUCCAAGAAACAGAAUCAAUAAAGAGUCCGGCUUAUUUUCUUCAUCUGCCUAUACAUAGACUGAUACUCCGGGUUGUAUCAGCAUCAGGUUGUGACCAAAACAAACGAACAUAAUUUUGCUGUUGAGUCAACAUGGAUAAAUGACAAGCCACUUGUACUACCCCUACGCGACACAGAGACCUUGUUUAGAAUGUUGAAUGACGAGUUUAUACUUAGUUUUACAGUGUCACACGACCAAUACCAAAUGACAGAGAUUUUGCGAGAGACGCAUGAAU